UACAUUGCUGAGAAGAAUGAUUGGCCACCUGAGCUACAAGAUGAUUUCAGGUCGGAGGACAAACGCCUCGAUUACAGAAUCUCAAGAACCACAGGCAUUGCCUCUAUGCAUAAAAUAAGCAGGUGGAUGCUGUCUGAAGAGAGGACAUGGGCACGUUUUUGGACUCUACGAGUUAUGUUUGGACCAACAGCAUGCGCGAAUCAGGGAUGGUUUGAGGAGUUCGCGAGAGAUUACCCGAUAGCCUUGAACGAUGCUCCAGUCGGCAUCAUUCCUGAGAACUUUGAAGACCUUUUUGGUCUGCAGCAAUGA